ACGGCGUCCACUGAAGAGUCACGAGGGCCGGCAGUUUCAGAAUUGCCGUUGUAUUUUUUUUCCCCGUAACUUGCCUCUUCCCUUCACAAUGGGCACCGAGCGCGAAUGACAGCCAUUGUUCCUCAUUGGCAUGUUUAUCAAGGCACUGACGGUUCCUGUUGUUCUCUGACCAUCAUCUUCGACCUCUCCUGGUGCUCGACGGCAUAGCCUCUUCUGUCUAUCAUUUUCCCAGCUGCACCACCUUGCCCUCUUACCCCGUAUACAUACCGUCUGUUCCUGCCAUAUAUAAGCCUUCGUGGCUCACGAAAUUCUCGUCCUUCGUUUGCACCUAUGCCUGCCUUUGACAUGGUCGUCGUGGGCUGUGGAGGCGGUCCAGACGAGACGAAUUUAUCCGCUUAUCUCUUCAAACCAUACGAUUCAUGUUGGGAGGACGGUAUCAUUGCUUUGGAGGCUGGUUCAGGACAAGGUACCCUCAGGCACAUUCUCCAGGAGACGCCUGCGCUCUUCAACUCGGACCGAGAUCAGGGUCCGUAUUCCGUUGCCAAGAUCUACUCUUAUGUCCGGUGCUUUCUCAUUACCCAUGCUCAUCUGGAUCACGUCAACAGUCUUGUUAUAUCUGCCGGAUCGCUCUCUGGUCCUCGAAAACAGGUUUAUGCAACCCGCCAAACAUUACUCGGCUUGGAGGGCAUUUUUAAUGGCCGCCUCUGGCCUAAUUUGGCAUCAUGGAAGGACGACGACGACGACGACGACGACGAGAACAAGCUGCUUUACAAGGAUUUGCCUUUGGAUUUACCAUCUGAGGCAUACCACACCAUAUUUCCCUCCGUUUCCGUACGCACCUUCCUGCUGAAUCACGGUCUCGAUGAAUCCAAGGCUGUAUAUCAAUCGUCGGCAUUCUUCAUCCGUCAUGACACGUUCAAAAAAGAGUUUCUCUUUUUCGGUGAUGUCGAACCAGACAGCAUUGCCAAAAAAGCUCAGAACAAGCAAGUCUGGAAAGAAGCGGCUCUAAAGAUACCAGAAGUACUAUCUACUAUAUUCAUCGAAUGCUCUUGGGAGAAGGGACGUCCAACCGAUUUGCUGUUUGGGCAUCUCAGUCCCGAGCAUCUCGUUGACGAACUAGAGUCGUUGGCUAAGGAAGUGGAGGCGGUUAAUUCUCGGAAGGCUUAUACCUCAGGCUCAGACGGUUCGCCACAGCGGAAGAAACAAAAGAGGAACACCGUAGACACCGGCGCCAGGGGGGCUUUGAACGGCGUUCGUGUGUAUAUCAUCCAUUGCAAAGACGUCAUGGAUGGUACACAGAAUCCUAGAGCUAGGAUUGUUGACGAAGUGAAAAAACUUAUUGAACCGAAGGGGUUAGGACUUCAGAUCUUCGCUGCAGAACAGGGUAUGCGUAUCAUCUUAUGAAUGUCACGAUAGACCAAUACACAUUUUGAACUGCUAUAUAUCCCCUUCGAAUUGAAUAGCAAGUAGUUAUUGAUCCUAGUUUUGUAUUUCUAGCCUUGAUGUAUCCUUAGUCAUUUCGACUCUUUGAACAAGUUUACCUACCGUAUUAUCAUUCACUCACUAGCCUGAUAUCCCCUCAGAUUUCCCAGCGAAUUCAAUUGCGAGUGUAUAGAAAUGUGAAUUGAACAUCUCGAG